CAUUCGUCGGCGCAUUGUCAAACCUUCCAGUCGCAUUGGAGCCCAAGCUUUCCGAGAUUUCAGAGCGACUCUAGAGCGCACUAAAAAAAUAGGCAUAAGAAAAAAAAAUUUAAAAAGACGAAAAAAGAAACAGAGGCGAAGACGACAAUACGAAUUGUACAAAUCGGAUGCGAGCGCGAGUGUGUUAGUGCCCAUUCAUUCAUUCAUUCAUUCGAGAACAAUAAAAAAGAAGAAAUGAAAUACGAAAUGCAAUCGCCGCAUUUGCAGUCGCAGUCGGCGUCGCAGUAGGCGUCAGCGGAGGCAGCGGCCGAGGCAGAACAGUAGCAGCAGCAUCGAAAUCCGAAAGACAGAUCAUUUUUCAUAUGCGAAUCGAAACUCGAAGAGCGCGCAUCAAAGUCAAAUUCAAACCACGAAAGAGUAACGGACAAAAGCGAAUUGUUUUGUGCGCAUAAUAGAAACGAAAAAAAAAAGAAAGAAAAACAUAAUAAAAAGCAAAGAAAAGGAAUAUAAAGCCUUACCAGAACCAGUAAUUGAAAUCAAAUUAAAGGCGGGCCGUGCAAAAAUCCACAAAACAUCAAGAAAAAGCCAUAAAGCCAAGGCGAUAAAAAAGAAAUUAUGCUCCAUUGUGCGAUUGUGUGAAAAGGUCAAGUGCCCGGCAGGCAAAGGGAAAAGCGAAAGAGACAGAAGACAGCGCAAGACACGGGAGCUUAAUGUUGAUUGGCAAACGAAUGAACUCGUAAAAGGGCUCUAGAGAGAGAGAGGGCAACACAACGACAUCGCUUAACAAGAAGAGCAGGAAGAAGAAGAAGACCAGGCCAGGCCCAAAUGACCGCAAGAUUACCGUUAAUUCGAACAGCUUAAGCGCCAUUACGAGCAAGUUAUAUAGUCCAUAUACUAUAUAGCACCUGGAAGACCGACCGAGGAAGAGAAAAAAACUUUCCUCCACCGUGAGCCGCAGCCGCAUAAAAGUUUGCUACUAUUUCAAUUUCAAUUGUUAACGAGCGAAAGCGCCGCACGCCUCAGUCUCACAUCACGCACGCAUCCGAUCCGAGCGGCAACAACAAAUCAUCAAGCGUCUAAUAGGAAAAGUGCAGCAGACGGGCAGCGAAAAUGCACCACAAACAGCAUCUGCAUCUGCAUCAGCAGCCCCGCGCUUCAAAAGCCACCCAAACACAGGCCCACGGACUUGGCCAGACUCCAAGCCAGAUCGCCAGAUGCAGCCAUAACCACAGCCCCAGUCUGGGCCUCAGCUUUGGCGGCACCAAGAGCCAGCGACAGCUGUUUGGCGCACUCUUGGCCAUGUUCACGUUGGCGGCAUUUGCGUCAACCACCAGUGGCGCUGUGACAGACUCACCCAUCAAGAUUAUCCGGCUGCCGGCGCAGGCGCCAGUUAUCCGCUAUCGCAGUGCUGAUGCGGCGCCGGACUCAUUGCUGAUCAACUAUCGCCAGGAUGCGCAGCCGGAGCUGUCGUCCACAUUGAUGCAGGCACCCGGAGCGGCGGCAGCUGCCUUGGAGUCGCUGCUGCGCGAGGAGACGGAGCAACAGCAGCUGGCCCAGAUGGGCAGACGGAAUAGGGCUAGUACCACCGGCACCGGCAACUGUCCUCGAUCCUGUCCACCGAGCAUCACCGUGGGAGCUGAGCCCGUGUGCGGCAGCGAUGGUCUGAUCUACGCGAAUAUCUGCGAGCUGCGCAAGAAGACUUGCUCCCGCAGUGGCGUGUCGCUGAUCAAGGACGUGCGGGAUGGCUGCGAGAGGUCGAAGGGUUCGGACUGCAAGCACCGCUGCAGCACGGAGAAGGAUCCGGUGUGUGGUACAGACGGAAGGACCUAUCUUAAUCGCUGCAUGCUGAGGGUGCAAUCGUGUCGCGUGGGCUUGGCUGCCGUGAAGCUAUCGCAUGUGGGUCCAUGCAGCAACACGAGUGCCGUGCGUGAAUCCUGUCCGGUGGACUGCAACAGUGCUCCGAAGGAUGGACCAGUUUGCUCCUCGGAUGGCAAUGUAUACAACUCCACAUGUGAGAUGAAGCUGAAAACGUGUGGACAGGGUGUGGUGAAAACCAGCCGGAAGCACUGUCAGUCCACGCGAAUGUGCCGGGAAUCCUGCUGGCGUGUUGCGAGGCCCACUUGCGGAUCAGAUGGCAGACUGUAUGCCAGUCCGUGCAAAAUGCGCUCUUCCAAUUGCGGCAAGCACGUCUUUGAGGUUCCCUUGUCCUACUGCAUGUCGCAGGAGAGGCACGGAGCCUCCGAUGCCUGUCCCACGGAGUGUCCCAAAUCGGAUACGGAUUCCUCGUCGCAGUACGUGUGCGGCAGUGAUGGAAACAUUUACUCUUCGCUUUGUGAACUGAAAAUGCUCAAUUGCGGUCCACAGCGCAAGUCUAUUCAAAAAGUGAGCAUGGACAAGUGCAAGAAUCGAUUGACCCGCUGCAAACAGCUGCCUCCUUGCAAGGACUUCAACAGCUUGUUCGGCUCCAUCUUCAGCUCGAAGCGAAAUGACAAGCUCUGCGGCACGGACGCCAAGACUUAUAACAAUGAGUGCGAACUGGCCCACGCCACCUGCCUACGCGGCGUGAAUCUGGCCCACAUUGGUCCCUGCACCGAUCUCAAUUCGCCCACCAAGGAUUGUGGGGAUGCCUGCACCCGGGCGGAUCUGGAACAGCAGCCAGUGUGCGGUUCGGACGGCAACACCUUCUCCUCCAUGUGCGAGUUCAAGCGGCGCACUUGCGAUAUGCGUGUGGUGCCCGUUUCGCUAAAGAAUUGCGCUUUAACCGCCGAUUGCGAAUCGGAUUGUGAUGCCCAGCCGCCAAGUUUCGUCUGCGGAUCGGAUAACAAUCUGUACAAGUCCGAGUGCCACAUGCGCAAGGAGAACUGUGGCAAGCACGUGUUUGUGGUGCCACUGAAACGAUGCCUUGCCGCCUUCCAGCUUAAGGGAUGUGCCCGCAUCUGUCCCAGGGAAUUCGAGCCUGUUUGCGGCAGCGAUAAUAAAACGUAUCUGAACGACUGCUUCCUGGAGAUCGAAAACUGCAGGGCGAACCAGACGGUGAACGUCAACUACUACGGCGCCUGUGGCCGCCCCGAAGCACCAUCCACUAACUUCCUUUACUAGGACGUAUGUAUGCGUGGCGCCUUCAUUUCACUUGGCAUUUAAUAUUUGUAGGCUAUAGUCUUGUAUUGUACUUUUUUAAAACGAUAUUUAUUGAGUUUGAAUUAAAGCCCCCAACGAACUUACAAGGAA